CGCUGCUGAGCUCCGGGAGCCUCAGACACCCCUGCCAGACCUGCGGCACAAACGCCGUGAGGGGCUGAGCCUGUCCGGUCACCCUGCUGCCACCCUGCCGUCACCCGGCUCUGCAGGACCCCCACUGUCCUGCUGCAGACCGAGCCAGGCUGGCAGCGGGGCUCGGGACAGAAACAGGAAAGACCUGGCUGGUGAAGAGCUGUCCCCACAGCCAUCCACGUGGGAUCCAUCCCCACAGACCUCCCCAGCGCCCAUCGAUGGCGCCGCGCCUGCUCAGGCCGGUGGGCUGGGGCUCGGCGGCCGUGCUGGGACUGCUGACGGUGGUUGUCUUCGUCCUGGUCCUGAUCCCGGCAAAGGAUGCUGUCCUUCCUACCAGGAUCAAAUACGGUCUGGUGUUUGACGCUGGCUCCACACACACGUCCCUCUACAUCUACCGGUGGCCCGCGGACAAGGAGAACGACACCGGCAUUGUGUCCCAGGUGGAGGCCUGCUCUGUGGCUGGACCUGGCAUCUCCAGCUACGCAGACGAGCCCGCGGGGGCUGGCGCCAGCCUGAAGCCUUGCCUGGACAGGGCCAUGAAGAUCGUCCCGGCCGAGCAGCAGCGGGAGACCCCCACGUACCUGGGGGCCACGGCCGGCAUGCGGCUGCUGAGGGAGGAGAACGGCACCAAGGCCGAGCAGGUCUUGGCCGAGGUGUCCAAGGCCAUUGGGGAGUACCCUGUGGAUUUCCGCGGAGCUCGGAUCCUGACGGGGAGCGAGGAGGGCUCCUUUGGCUGGAUCACUGUCAACUACCUGCUGGAGACACUGGUCAAGGCAGAGCUCUACAACAGCCCCUGCGUGCGUGCGCCAAGCUCAGUCAGGCCUGACGUUGUCCUCAGGGUGACGGGGACAGGGGACCCAACCACGUGUCACACGGUCGUCCAGAGACUCUUCAACUUCAACUGCGGGGCGCCGGGGCCGUGCGGGUUCAAUGGGGUCUAUCAGCCCCCCGUGCAGGGACACUUCUUCGCCUUCUCAGGGUUUUAUCACAGCCUUCACUUUCUGAACCUGACAGGAGGGCAGUCCCUGAGCUUGGUCAAUGCCACCAUCAGGAAGAUAUGCAACAGCAGCUGGGAACAGGUGCAGGAGUUGUUCCCCACAGCGAGCAGGACCCAGAUCCGUGACGCCUGCUCAGCCAGCUCCUACACCCUCAUCCUCCUCCUGCAAGGCUACAAAUUCAACAGCACAACAUGGCCUAACAUCCACUUCGUCCGGCAGGUUGCUAACACAGAUGUGGGCUGGACUCUGGGUUACAUGCUCAAUCUCACCAACAUGAUCCCCUCGGACCCUCCCACAGCAGUCACAGAGCUCCCGAGAAGCAUCUGGAUAGCAGCCACAGUUCUGCUGGCCAUCAUGCUCAUCCUCAGCUUCUGCCUGCUCACAGCCACGUGCUGCCAGAGAAACUCCUCAGGCUAUGAGCAGCUGUAGCAGCACUGCCUCCAGAGGCUGCCAGGCCCGAGUCCUCCUGCGACACUCUGCAAGGAGCUGGGUCCCAAGAAUCACCCCUGUGUGCCCAGAGGCCAUGAACGUGUCCUGAGGGUCCCUGAGUCCUGACCUGGCGAGCUGGAACUGGCACAGCUGUAAAACACCCUCCUCAUA